AUGUCGCUGCUCGCAGAUGACCUAGAACUACAACCAUAUACCGAUGAGCCAGACCUACCGCUCGCCAUGGCCUCACCGACAACAUUGACAACACCGCUACCCCGGCUAAAGUGGCUCGACGGCGCCCGGACCAGCCGGAAGUGGUUCUCGGAGCGUUUCACAGACCGACUGAGGACGCUCCUGCGCCCGCGCUUCACCUGGAGAUACAUCCUGUGCUCCACGAUAGGCCUCUACAUAGUCUGGUGCUUCGUCCGGGGCCAGCCGCUCCUCUCGUCCCGCCUGCCGGCCUACUCGGGCCGCUACGAAGUCGGCACCCUCGACCUCGAGAUCCCGCUCGAGACGCCCGUCCGCAUCUCCGACACGCUGCUCAAGUCGUCGGGUGAGCCCGCCUUCGAGGUCGAGACCGUUCUCUUCACGCUCUACUACCCGGCGCUACGGGGCAGCAGGUCCGACAAGCCGAAACACCUCUGGGCGCCGCGGCCCCUCAGCCUGACGGCCGAGGGCUACGCCCGCAUCGCGCGCGUCAACAACUUCCUCAUCCGGCCCGUCUUCACCUUCGCGCUGUGGCUCAUAGUGGGCAGCAUCGAGAUCCCGGCCCAGGUCGACGUCCCGCUGCACCACGGCGGCGGCGGCGGAGAAAAGCUGCCGGUGAUGGUCUUCUCCCACGGCAUGGCCAGCUCCCGCACCGACUACACGCACUACCUGGGCGAGAUGGCCAGCCGGGGCCACGUCGUCGCCGCCGUCGAGCACCGCGACGGCAGCAGCCCGGGCUCCCUCGUCUGCGUCGCCGGCAAGCAGGACCGCCGCGUCGUCCUCUUUCAAGAGUCGGACCUCGUGUCCGACCCGCCCAUGGACACGCCCCGCAUCAAGCGCGAGCAGCUCGCCUUCCGCGACGCCGAGAUCCUCGAGACCAUCCGCGUCCUGCGCGCCAUCCACGACGGCCGCGGCCACAACGUCUCGGCGCUCAGCUCGCGCGGCGAAGGGCGCGACACGCUGCACCGCUGGACCGGCCGCCUCGACUUCGACCGCCUUACCAUCGGCGGCCACUCGUACGGCGCCACGGGCGCCCUGCAGGCGCUCAGGAGCCGCGCCGGCGGCGGCCGUGGCGGCAAGCUGCAGCUGCAGCCGGGGAACGGGGGGGACCAGAGCAUCAGCCCGGCGGCCGUGGCGGCCGCGGCGCUCGCGGUCGGCGGCAUCAUCCUCGACCCGGGCAAGGAGAGCGGCCCGCUCAACGCCGAGAUCGACGUGCCCAUCCUCGUCGUGCACUCCAACACGUGGUCGCGCGCCCGCAGCCUCUUCUUCGGCCGUCCCCACUUCGACACGGUCAAGGAGCUCGUGCGCGGCACGCUCGACCGCGUCGGCGCCAGCUGGUUCGUCACGAGCAUCGGCACGUCGCACCCGAGCGUCACCGACGCACCCCUGCUGCAGCCGCUGCUGCUGAGCUGGACUACCGGGGCGACGGUGGACGUCAAGGAGGGGCUCAAGGAGUACGUGCGCAUCGCCAUGGAUUUCCACAAUUUCUUGCACAAGGGCAACGCCACGGGUGUGCUGGCGGAGAAGGCGACGCACGACGAGUAUGGGGAGUGGGUGAGCGAGGAGAGGAAGGAAGAGUUUCCCAAAUCUGUGGCCAAGUUCUGGGAGAUUCACGUGAGUCCUGAGGACUCUGUCGAGGAUUGA